AUGGAGGAUGACAAUUCGGCCAAUACAUCAGACAUACUUAUUGGAAGACCAUUUUUGAGUACCGCACAAACGAAGAUUGACGUAAGAAGUGGGAUACUCACUAUGGAGUUCAAUGGAGAAGUAUUAAAAUUCAAUGUCUACGAUGCCAUGAACCGUCCUAGCAUGAUUUCUAAUGUUUCUAAUAUUGAUAUUAUUGAUCCUUUAACUGAGUUAUAUUUGGAAUAUCAUGACAAUGAUGAAUUACAAACUGUCCUUUGCAGAAGUUUAGACUUUGAUGCCAUUAAGGAACUUGAGGAGUGGAUAACCAUUGAAGAUUUUGUUCACGAAACAGUAGCUCAUAUGGAGGCAUCACAACUUCGGAAAGCUUCAGGUAAAACCUUUGAAUUAUCUCCCUCACAAACUAAGCUCGUCCCAUCAAUUUUGCAGGCUCCGGAGUUGGAACUCAAAGCACUCCCAAGCCACUUGAAGUAUGCUUUUCUCGGUGAAAGAAAUUCACUACCGGUGAUAAUCUCGAGUAAACUCUUGAAGGUAGAAGAAGAAAACUUGGUACAAGUCCUCAGGGACUAUAAAGAGGUAAUUGGAUGGACAAUAGUCGACAUCAAGGGAUUAAGUCCAUCGACUUGCAUGCACAAAAUGCAGGUUAUCGAUAAUGCUGUUCCCAAAAGAGAGGCUCAAAGGCGUCUCAACCCGCCUAUGAUAGAAGUGGUAAGAAAAGAAGUCCAAAAGCUACUUGAUGCCGGGAUGAUCUAUCCCAUUUCUGAUAGUAGUUGGGUUAGCCCAGUACACGUAGUACCAAAAAAGACUGGUGUGACUGUAAUUGAGAAUUCGGUAGGUGAGAUGGUUCCCACUCAGAUUCCAGUGGCAUCGGAGGAUCAGGAGAAGAUGACGUUUACGUGCCCAUUUGGCACAUUCGCUUACAGACGGAUGCCGUUCAGAUUGUGUAACGCACCAGCCACUUUUCAAAGAUGCAUGGCAAGUAUAUUUUUAGACUACGUUGAGAGAAUUAUCGAGGUGUUCAUGGACCACUUUACUGUAUAUGGUGAGUCCUUAAAGAAGGACAAGGAAUUCGAGUUUGACCAGUCAUGCAGAGAAGCGUUUGACAUGCUCAAACAUAAGCUCGUUUUGGCACCUAUUGUUCAACCACUGUAUUGGAGUUAUCCUUUCAAGAUAAUGUACGAUGCUAGUGACCAUAGCGUAGGAGCAGUCCUUAGACAAAGGAUCGAGAAAGAACCACACGUCAUCUCCUAUGCCUCUAAAACUUUGGACGCUACCCAAAUAAAUUAUUCAACCACUGAAAAAGAGUUUCUAGCUAUAGUCUUUGACUUAGAAAAAAUUCGUUCAUAUUUAUUAGGAACUAAGAUUGUGGUUUUUUCUGAUUAUGUAGCCCUCAAAUAUCUGAUCGGGAAGAAGGAAGCAAAACUGAGACUUAUAAGGUGGAUACUACUUCUGCAAGAAUUCGAUCUCAAAAUGAAAGAUAUAAAAGGACGUAAAAAUCUGAUGGCUGACCAUCUGAGUCGAAUUCCUCCAUCAAAAGAUGUAACAUCACUUAAAGAUGAUUUUCCAGAUGAAAAGUUGCUUGCUGCCCAGACGAUUUUUCCAUAG